GAAAUUUUCUUGGCCAGAGACAUACAGAGAGAAGCUCUUUCAUUUUUGCCUAGCCUCUUCGCUCUCGUGCUUUCUAGAACAUCCCAUCUCCAGAUUCGACGCUCCCAGGAAUCCGAGCUAGGGUUGCUACUUUCGACCUGUAGACUUUACAGAUUUCAGCUCUGUGUUGGCUUUUGAUGCCCGAUUUGGGGGCGGUUCGCUGAGUUUUCCGGCGAGCUUCAGCUGGUAGGGUGAUGGCUAAUUUGGUUUAGACUGAUUGAUUUGCCUUUUUUUAGGUUGAUUUGAUAUAGGAAAGAUGUAGAUCGAAUAUUCUUUAGUGUAGAUUUCUUCUUGUUAUCUUUCAAUUGAAGCUGAUUAGAGUUUUGAUGAUUUGGUACACAUCGGAUGGAUUAGGUUAGCUAUCGGAUCCGUUUUUUACUUAUUUUUUUGAAGAAAUUCGUUAUUUGGAGAGCCUUUUUACUCUAUAGGUAAACAUACUCUCUUUUUAAGGGGUUUUCGGUUGAUCUUAGUUUAUUUAUUUUUAGGGGAUUUGAAGGAUUCUGAAAUUAAGAAAUUUGAUGAUUCAUUAGUAAGAAAAUUGACUUAAUUUGUCUUUGUAUCACUGGUAUAUAUAUAUAUAUAUAUAAUUUCCCUGAAUCAAGUUCAAGGUCUGCGUGAUAGUGUGUUGAUUUUGUUUUAUUGUUAUUGAUUCAAUCUGCUGUGAUUUCCUGAUAUUUGUAUUGUCUACUGCAUAAAUCAUAAAUAGGAAAUAUAUUGAGUUGAGUUUUAGUUGUCUUUGUAGUUGCCCUGUUACUGGUUUCUAAUAGUUUUUUUGUUUGUUUGUUUCUUUUGUGGAUUUUGUGAUCGGAGGUGGAAGAAGGGUUUUGUACACAAACAUGAGAAGAACUUCAUACAGUUUGAGUGCUGGUUGAACACUUGCAGUAAUGUCUGACUUGUGCAUGUAUCAGUUAGUACAGCUAAAAUUACGUAACUCCUAUUACAGUUUGAAGACAUAGUUUGGGAUGAGUUCUGCGGUAGCGAUGAUCAUUUGGUACCCUUAUCUGAUAUUGAACAGCCUGACAAUCCUUACAUCCUCGGUGAUAGCAACAAAAAGCCGCGGCUUGAAGUAACAAAGCUGCAUAAUACCAAAGAUAAAUCUUCUAUGCGAUAUGCUAACCAGGGAAGAGAACUAAAGGGACUUUCAUCAGCUGAGAGUGACAGAAGAAACACAAUGUUGGAAAAAGAUUCAUGGUCUCAUUCACCUUGUGGUGCAUUUCUUUCUUCAUCUGACUCUGUUUCAAUAAAAAAAGCAUCGAGUGCAGCUUCUGAAAAUACUGCAUUGCCGAUCUCAGAGAAGAAAACAGUUGAAUUCGAUGCCAAUGAUACUCUUCUUGGUGAUAAGACAUCUGCAAUGGAUAAAAGUUUAAGCUAUCCAAUCAGUGAUGUGUCUUAUACUGGCAAUAAUUUUGACUUCUCCGAGAAUACCGAGGACAAAGAUUCAAGUGAUUUGUUGUAUUACGAUUUGCCUGAAAUAGAGAACUUUGAAGAUGUUGACAAGAUGUUCAGGAGCUGUGAUUCGACAUUUGGACUUGGAGCCGAUAAAGAAGAUGAGCUGGGCUGGCUUGCAUCAGCUGAUAACAUCGAAGGAUCAGGAGGUGGAUUGAGACAUGAUUUUAGGAUCCCAUGUCCGGAGGCAAGUUCUGUAGAAAAAUUAUCACAAGGUCAUGGCUCCUCAACGAGCAGUUGCAUCAAUGAUUCUGCCGCUAACAAAGGAAAUUCUUGGGCCUUGGAGAACUCCGAUUCUUGCAUGUAUUUUGUGAAUGGACCUCCAUUGGCUGAUAAACCAGAAGGGCAUAUCCUCAAUGAACAGAUUGGCGACGACAAAAAGCAAUUUAAUCUACAAGAUCAGAAUUUGGGGAAAAUCAAUGAUCCCUAUUUCAUGAAUGGUGGAUUCAGCUUCAUCAACAACCAGCCAAAUGAAAUGAUAGAGAUGGCAUCUGAGGCCAUUCUUGACCAGGCUCUAAUGCAAAAACAAGCUCCGAGCUCAGAUUCGUCUAAUUAUGUACAGAAUCCCCUCUCUCUUGAUAACAGUCAUAAUAUGUCUGGUUUGACUUCAGUAUUCCCAACACUUUCUCCUGUCAAAUCCGAGAACAACGACAUUGGAUUUCAUUCACCAAGAGAUUCCUCCCGAGCAUCCAACCACUUAAAAUUCAUGGAGAGUUCUAAGGAUCCUAAAUUUCAAGUAACUGCAGUCAGUAGCGGAAGAAGAGAAAAGCUGCACAGUCGUCAAGGUAGUCGAUCUUCUGCCAGUAGCAACCUGAAAAAACAGAGUGCCACAAGCAACAUGUUGAUUGGGAAACAGGUCAACUGUUACGGGGAUAAGGUAGAGAAUCACAGCGACAUCGAAGGAGUCAACCUUGUCAUCCCCGGACAUCUAGGAUCCUCAGGCGUACAAGAAAGCUCGACAAUAAGUUCAGGCGUGGAUGAUGUCUCACUCGAAGCUGCCAGUUUUCACCAGCUUCAACUUGUCAUGGAACAGUUGGAUCUGAGAACCAAGUUAUGCAUUAGGGACAGUUUAUACCGACUGGCUCGGAGCGCCGAGCAAAGACAUAAUCGGGGCAACAUCCAUGGCGGCGGUGCGCAGGAGCCAGAUGCCGCCGGACCUUUCAUUGCCGAUGGAACAAAUAAUUUCAUGGACAUGGAAACGGAUACAAAUCCAAUCGAUCGAUCCAUCGCACACCUCCUCUUUCACCGGCCUUCGGAGUCAUCUGCCAAACCUGCCCCGGCGUUCAAGUCGCCUAAUGCAGUUCGCGGAUCCAUCGCCGGCGCACCUCUAAUGGUCGAGAAUUCAGCUAUUUGUGAGGAAGCUGCAUCCGACGCGGAGAAGAAGAUCUCCGGCGGCUAGAGUACAGACGCCGAGCAAGAUCGUCGGCGUUGUAUGUUUGCGGCCGAAACUGAAAACCCGAACCGAACCCGACUGUUGUAUCUCUCUUUCUCUCUCACUGUAACUGGUUUUGUAAUCUAUAGAACAAAUUUGCAUUGUAAAGUGAGGUUAAGUCUUCAUUGUUUCCA